UGAAAAUAAAGAAAAUAUGAAUACAGUUUGAAAAUGGCGAAAAUGGCUGACAUAGUUUUAAUUAUUGUAUUUUGGAUAUUCAUAUAUAAAGGAGCUGCAUUUAUAACACCAUAUAAAACAACUUGGGUAAAUGCAAUUAGUAGUUGCACAAUUGAAACGCCUACAAUCAUGUUCAGAGGAAUAGAGAAAGAUUUACAAGUAGCCGUGAAUGCUUCUGUUAUUGGAAACCAAGAGGUGUGGGUAGGAUACUAUUUAGCAGCAACAGCCUUCCAUUAUGUUGGCUGUAUAAAAAAGGAAAAUAUGGCUGCAAUAGCUGAGUUUGAAUACAACACUCCGGGAUUGUGUUACUCUGCAUGCAACAUGACAUAUAUGAUAGGUGUCAGCGAGUCAAAAUGCUUCUGCCUUAACAAGACUAUUCCUCCAGACAGGACCUACGUGUAUUGUACCCGAGGUUGUAGAUCUCAAAGCAAUAUUGCUUGCGGCGGCACCAACUACAUUUCAAUUUACACUUAUGAAUCGUACGCAAAUUCCUUCAGUAGAAAUAAGAGGUGUCUACAAUAUGAGCCCAACAAUGAACUGUCAAAAUGGAACUGGGCAGGAUGCAAUUCAUUAAAUCAGAUCAUAUGUACAUUAAAUGAAACGUCUUUUCAUGAAAUAUAUUACUACAACGAAAGUGAAACGAAGACAUGGAGGCGUGCUAUGAACAAAUGUUUUAGUUUGUCGAAAUAUCCGACAUCGGUAAACGAUCUUGAGCUUCUUAAAAGAAAAACUGACCGAGGAGAAUCAUGGACUGGUGUCAUUUCAAGUGACGUUAUAUACAGUAGCGAUCAUGAAACUCCAAACAUAACGCCGGAAAGGUUUGGCUACCUUCAAAGAAACGAGAGCAAUUACACAGUAUUAAAAUUUAAUGGAGACAGCACAAUCCAAAGAUAUUCCCUGUGUAAAAAUGAUAUAACAACGGAAGCAACAACUUCUCAAACAACAAGUGAAAAACUAACAGCAAUGACAAGUAAUAAACAAACCACAGGAUCAACGAAAAAAUCAGAUGAUGAUAAAUUUAGUCAGAAAACUACAACAAAAAUAACGACGCCAGGUAAAAAUACUCAACCAAAAGCACAACAAGAGAGUGUAGCAAAAGAUAUUGGCAUUCCUGUUGGUGUUUCAGUUGCCUGUGUCAUAAUCGUUUUUACUGUCAUUGUAGGAGUUAUACUUAUAAAAAGAGGGAAGAUUCCAUGUAUGUGUUGCAGAAUACCAUUGCAUGACAAACAAUCAAAAUGCACAAUGAAUACAUCCUUAGUUAACAACUCAAACACAAUACCUCUUGAUUGUCCCAAUAGAAAGAUUGGCGAAGUUGUUCCACAAACAAACAUUAUAUUAGAAGAUGAUGUCCUGGAAAAUAACGGACAUCUUCCACAUGAUUACUUUAUUCUUGAAAAGACUGAAGCUGAUAAAAAUAAAAUAGUAGUUCAAGAUGAAGUAAAUGUGUAUAACACAUUAGCGUCCAAUGUAAAACAAGAGGCUAACUUUGACAAUACAUACGAUACAGCAGAAAAAGCAGCUAUGAAACUGAAGACCAAACACAGAGUUAAGGAUGAUUCCGAUGCGAAUGAAACGCUUCAGGAUGAAGAUCCUUACAAUCAUUUAAAUGAAGGCGAAAGACAACUGAAAACUGUCAGAACAGAUAAUGUUUAUGGUGUAACACAAGAUGAUGAAUAUGCAAACUGUAGAAAAAUUCACGGAAAAUAUCUUCAGGAUGUUGAAGACACGUACAAUCAUACAAAUAUAUUGCAGGAUGCUGAGGCAGUUUUAGACACGUACAAUCAUACAAAUGUAUCUCAGGAUGUUGAAGACGACACUUACAAUUAUACAACUUAAGGAUUUUAAGACACGUAUAAUUAUACAAGCACAAAUGUCAAGAGCUUAAAAGACAUUUAUUAACACAAAAACAAAAACAUUGUAUGCCUUUUUUAAUAACUUAUAAAGGGAGGAUAAAUAUUUAAUAUAUGUAUAAUUUAUAUUUAAAUGCUCUAUCUUAUUUCUCUAAUAAAUCAGUUAAUGGAUUUUAACAGUAUAGAAUGAUUUGUAUUUAGAUUCAUUAACAAUUGUCAACAUAUCACAUAAAAAGAAAGUAAUUGCUAGAUAGUUCUUCCUAUGAAAUAAUACAAUUUUUUGAUAAUAAAAAAAGUUAGAAUUUAUUACAUGUAUGUUUUUUUAUUUAAGUAAGUACAAGGAUAUUUAGCAAUAACAACAACAAACAAAAACACCAGGCAUUAUCACUUUUUUGCCCCUGCAUUUCUGCAUUUCAAAAGUAUUUCAAAAUUAACAAAAGCUAAAGAAAAGUGCAUGAUAGUAUAGAAUGAUGGUCCUUUGUUGAUUUAGAAUUUUUAAUAUCUAUCUAUUAUAUUAAGUACACUCCCUGUUUUGUUUUAAGUUAUUCUCUGGACAAAUAGAGAAAAAUUAAGAAAAUACGAAAGGCAUUUAAUUAGUCGCCGGUAGAAACCGGCGACUAUAUUUGUAACAGUUUAAUAUUAUACAAUGUAUCUAUGGUCGGAAAAGGCCUUAAAAUCUGAAUAUAAAAGCAAAUCAAUUAUUGAACAAUUAUGGACCACAAUCAAUUUUUAUUAUCUUAAUAUUCAAACACAAAAUAACGUUGCUCAAUGAAAUAAAAUAUACAAAUAUUGACAUCUUAAAAAGCAAUAUUACAAUUUUCAUAAAAUGAAUUCAUAAUGUAUCCCUAUGGACCAGUCAUUGAAUUUAGGGAUACAUUUACUUUUUUUUCUAAGUGUCAAUCGUUGCUAUUUUAUGAUCGAUAAAUCAUGAAUGAUAUUUGAAAUGACACUUAUAAAUUAUUUGGUUGUUUAUAUCUUAUGAGACCUAUUCUAUUUCAUGAUUGUAUCGUAUAUAAUAACAUAUGUUUUAUUGUGAAUAAACAGUUACUCAACA